AUGGUGCAAACACGCUCCCAUGGGAAACCAGGUGCUCGGGAUAUUGGGAAAGGCGGAGACUCGAGCGCAACGGGCCAGAAGAUACCCCAAAAGAGGUCGCAUAGCAAGACCGAGGCGUCAAAUGACUCGAACAAGGUGAAGGUGAAGGCGAACAAAAGGGCGAAAAAGGAGGAGAAAGAGGAUAUGAAGUCCCAAUCCACUCAGUCUAAGCCUGACUCUCUGGCCAAAUCUACCAUCGCUACAUUGAUCGAAAAGUAUGGCUCGCUUCCACUGUCCGACAGCGCAGUUGAUGAGCCUCUGUCGCCAAAACCGGAAACAAUGUUGGCCCUGUUAUUGAACGCCAUGUUCUCCUCGGCUCGGAUCUCGCAUGAGUUGGCAGCUAAGACCCUCACCACGACCAUCAAGGCCGGCUAUCACAAGAUCAACGUCUUGAAGAAGACGUCAUGGGAUGAGAGGACUCGGGUUCUCACAGAGGGCGGAUAUACCAGGUACCGGGAGAAGACGGCCACUGCAUUGGGAGACUUGGUAGAAUUUCUGGAAGAGAACUAUCAAGGCGAUCUCAAUAACCUCCUGCCGGGCCCAGCAACUGACUCUUCGCCAUCGGAGAUUCGAAAGCGGUUGAAGGAAAUCAAAGGCCUAGGCGACGUGGGCGUGGACAUCUUCUGUGAUGCGGCCCAAGCAGUGUGGCCGUGUCUGGCUCCUUUCGUUGACCCGCGCAGCGCGAAGACGGCCGAGGCCAUCGGGAUCCCGAGUGAUGCGCAAGCACUGUGGGAGAGCGAGGAGGUCAACAAGGAUCCCAUGAAGAUGGCUAGGCUUGCUGCGGGUUUGACAACCGUGCGACUGGAGAAGAAGGAGACCGAAUUCAAGAACUAA